AUUCUCUCACCAAAGGUGGCUGAUCAUCCAGUUUUUGACUGCAAUCUAGGACCAAGAAGCAGGCAACAGGAUCUAUGCAAUUGGAGAGACGCACUGUUCCAGCUUUCAAGGAUAUGAGACUUAUUACAUUUGGCGAGGGUGCGCGUACGUUCCGAGCUACAUGGAUGGGCAAGGAUGUAGUGGUGAAAAAAGCCGACAUCUGGAAGCAGUCCCCAAUUGUCGAUGAGCUGGAGCACGAGGCCACGAUUUACAAGGAGCUUCAGAUGCUACAAGGUCACUUCGUUCCCGAACUGAAGCUAGCUGGGAUCAUGGACGGAAUGGAGAUGGUUUUAGUAACAGAGUUCACUGGGAGCGACCUCUGCAAUAAGCAUUUGGAUGCAUCUGAUCGAGACAAGAUCCGCGGAGCACUCUCAGCGAUCCACGAUUUGGGUGUCCUGCACGGUGAUAUUCGACCAGAUAACAUUACAGCAAGACUUGAUGGGCAGGAUUCGCGAUUCAUUUUUAUAGACUUUGGCUUUUCAAAAUUUGCAAAACACAAUUCAGCCCUGGAUCGCGAGAUGGGAGAAUUGGAGGCGCUACUUGAGCUGAUGCCAUGGCCCGAAGAUUAUCGUGUAGGUAAUGGAGGAGUUAUAACAAUCGGAGUGAAUGGAGCUAGCAAGUGCGAAUAGCCGAGCUCAAAUACAGCAUGUUGCAGGCCAGGAAAGAAUGACAGAAUCCUUUUCUCAUCCACCAAGGGUACCCAUUGUCUUGCGUAGCUUAAAGCAAUACCUAGCUGCAAAUCGUUAUACAAUAGCUGUUUGCUCGAACCUUUCAGUUCUUCAAUUUCACCCAACGAUAACCCGAUGGAUGGAGAGAGACAUUUAACUUCGUUCGCAUACUCGUAAGAAAAUAAAGCUACAUAGCUCACGUAACGAAUAAUGUAUAGUGCGUGCCAAAACUGAUGCAAUAAAUUGCAUUUUUCAACAUUCAUUCCUCAUUCUCCUUCUUCCUCUUUAUGAUCUUCCCUGCCACCACCGUUUCUCAUUCUCAUUUGUCUCACCUCCAUGGAGUCUCAUCGUCAUCGCCAUCA